AUGACUACCUCAUAUGGCUUGCCAUUAGUUGUUGGCUCCAAAAUCCAAGUUGUGGGCUGGACCAGCUACACGGUCCUGAUAUGCAUCCUAAAGAUGGCAUUGCUUGUUUUCUACAUCCGACUUACUGAAGGUCUUGGGAGAACUUAUCGUAUCCGAAUCUAUGCCGGCAUUGCCCUUGUUGCGGCAACAUUCGUCGCUUCUGUCUUGACGAUCUAUACAGCAUGUCGGCCAUUCGAGAGAUAUUGGCAGAUUAAUCCCAACCCCGGUGGCAAGUCUUCCGAUGUUAUCCUCCAAAACCCUACUAACGCAAGUCUUUUUCCAGAUCUCUGCCAGGGAGCAGUGUCGAAGGCGAUCGUCUGGGUCACAUUUGCCUCGAGCGUAGUCACAGAUAUCUACCUCAUCAUGAUUCCCCUUCCAAUGCUGUGGGGAACUAGUCUGAAGCUUGUCAAGAAGAUUGCAUCUACUGUUGUACUGGGUGCCGGUAUCUUUGUGCUUGUCUGCUCCAUGCUCAAGACCAUUUUUGUUUAUAUUGAUCCUGUCAAUGGUGCACAGCUUGCUGGCGAAUGGGGCACCCGUGAGGCCUUCGUCUCCGUGGCCACCACCAAUCUUCCGAUGCUCUUCCCGUUGCUGAGAUCGUGCGAGAGCGAAGAGAGGAUUAUCAACAAUGUUAAGAUGCAAGACUUGAAGGUUUAUGCCGGUUCAGCAACCUCUGCAGACAAGCCGUCCAAUGGGAUCGUGGUGUCGAAUGAGUUCCAGAUCACCGAGGACAGGACGAGUCAAAACGGGGAGCAGAAUGCUCAGCGGGCGCAUGAGCCAUGCAUGAGAUAG